UGCUUUUGCACUGACAGAGUAACGAGAUGAAGCUCCACAUAUUCUGCUUCGUCACUCUUCUGGCGGCCGUGUCUGCAGCAAGACGUGACGUCACCUCCGAUGACACCGUUUAUACAUUUCCCGACGAAUUCAAAUUAGGCGCUGCAACCGCAUCAUAUCAAAUUGAAGGGGCAUGGGAUGAGGACGGAAAGGGUCCCAACAUUUGGGACACACUGACACACGAACACCCUGAUUACGUAGUCGAUGGUGCUACAGGAGACAAAGCAGAUGACUCCUAUCAUCUGUACAAGGAGGACAUUAAAAUUCUCAAGGAGCUUGGGGCACAAGUAUACCGUUUCUCCAUAUCUUGGUCCCGUGUUCUCCCAGAGGGACACGAUAACAUUGUGAACCAGGCCGGCAUUGACUACUAUAACAACAUCAUAAACGAGCUGUUAGCCAAUGGGAUAGAACCAAUGGUUACUAUGUAUCAUUGGGAUCUACCUCAGCCACUCCAAGAUCUAGGAGGAUGGCCAAAUUUGUUACUAGCAAAGUACUCUGAAGAUUACGCUCGCGUUUUGUUUAAAAACUUUGGAGACAGGGUGAAGCUAUGGCUCACAUUCAACGAACCCCUGACCUUCAUGGAUGGAUAUGCAUCUGAAAUAGGAAUGGCACCUUCAAUCAACACACCCGGUAUCGGUGACUACCUUGCGGCGCACACUGUGAUCCACUCUCAUGCCAGAAUCUACCAUUUGUAUGAUCAAGAGUUCAGAGCACAGCAAGGAGGAAAAGUUGGAAUUGCACUCAACAUAAACUGGUGCGAACCGGCGUCAAGCUCUGCUGAGGACCGUGCUUCGUGCGAAAAUUACCAACAGUUUAACCUGGGAAUCUACGCUCAUCCUAUCUUCAGUGAAGAGGGUGACUAUCCUGCCGUGCUGAAGGACAGGGUAAACAGAAACAGUGCUGCUGAAGGUUACUCUUCUUCACGGCUGCCCCAGUUCACUCCAGAGGAAGUGGCGUAUAUCAGAGGAACACACGACUUCCUCGGUAUCAAUUUCUACACCGCUUUACGGGGUAAAUCUGGCGUGGAGGGCUACGAGCCGUCACGAUACAGGGAUUCUGGCGUCAUUUUAACGCAAGAUGAUGAAUGGCCCGCAUCUGCUUCAUCAUGGCUUAGGGUGGCCCCGUGGGGAUUCCGUAAGGAAUUGAACUGGAUCAAGAAUGAAUACAACAACCCUCCUGUGUUCAUCACUGAGAAUGGCUUCUCGGACCUCGGCGGACUCAACGACACGGGCCGAGUAAAUUACUACACUGAGCAUCUGAAAGAAAUGCUGAGAGCUAUACAUGAAGAUGGCGCUAAUGUAAUAGGCUACACAGCCUGGAGUCUGAUGGAUAACUUCGAGUGGCUGAGAGGAUACAGCGAAAAGUUUGGAAUAUAUGCAGUGGACUUCGAAGACCCGGCUCUUCCUCGCAUCCCUAAGGAGUCAGCUAAAGUCCUCGCAGAGAUCAUGAAAACAAGGAAGAUUCCUGAACGCUUCAGAGAUUAGAUUCGUAUUACCGACGGCACGAUUUAAAUUGCAAAUUUAUUUUUAAAAAACUGUACACUACUGAUGUGGACUGCAAUCAAAAUGACAAUAAGAUAUGACUUCAGGGCAAACACUUCAAACAAACUAAAUAAAUGUACGUAAUAUAUUUUA